AUGGGUUGUGUUUUUUGUGGGGGGGGGAGUUGGGGGUAUGGGUGGGGUUGUGGGGGUUGGUGUGAUUUGUGGGUGGGUGUUGGGUUUUUGGUGGUGUGGUGUUUUGGGGUUUGGGUGGUGGUGGUUUUGUGUUUGUGUUUUGGUUGGGGUGUGAUUGGGGGGGUUGGGUGGGUGUUGUGGGGUGGUGGUGUGUGGGGGUUGGGGGGGGGGGGGGGGUGGUGGGGUGGGGGGGGGGUGGAUGAUUGUUUUUUUGUGUUGGUUUUGUUUGUUGUGGGGGUUGGUUGGGGGGGGGGGGGGGGGGGUUGGGGUGGGGGGGGGGGGUGGGGGGGGGGUGGUGGGGUGUGGGGGGUGGGUGUUGUUGGGGUUGAGGGGGGGAUGGGGUGUGGGGGGGGGAUGGGGUGGGGUUGGGGUAGGGGGCAUGUGAGUAGUGGGGGAUGGAGGUGUAGGGGUGGAUUGGGAGGGGGGGGGAGGGGGGAUGGGGUGUGUGGGGAUUGGUGUGUUGAGGGGAGGGGGUGUGUGGUGGGGAGGGGGGGGAUGGGGUGUGAGUGGAAGGGUGAGGGGUGGGGUGGUAGGGGGAUGGGGUGGGUGGUGGGGAUGGGGGGGAUGGGGUGGGUGGGGGAGGUGGAUGGGUGGGUGGGGAGGGGGGGAUGGGGUGGGUGGUGGGGAGGGGAUGGGGUGGGUGGGUGGGAAAGGGUGAUGGGGUGGUGGGUGGGGAGGGGGGAAUGGGUUGUUGGGAGGGGGAGGAUGGGUUGGGAGGGGAUGGUGGGGAUGGGUGGGUGGGUGGAGGGAGGGGUGGUGGAGGGAUGUGUAGGGAUGGGUGUUGGAGGGGAUGUGGGUGAGGGAUGGUGGGGUGGAGGGGAUGGGUGGGUGGAGGGAUGGGUGGUGGAGGGGGGGAAGAGAGGAUGGGAGUGGGGAUAG